AUGCCCCCUGAUUCUAACCAGACUCUCUAUGGAGACUAUGUGUGUCAGACAAUUCCCCAGGACUCUAACCAGACAAUCUAUGGGGGUCAGACAAUGUCUAUUGAUACUAACCAAACUCUCUAUGGGGAAAUGUCCCAUGUUUCUAACCAGACUCUCUAUGGUGGCGAGACAAUGACCCAUGAUUCUAACCAGACUCUCUAUGGGGAGAUGACAACCCCCAGUGGUGACCAAACCUACUAUACAGUAUGGAUGAUGUCCCUUGUUAGUAGCCAGAUGCCCUCUGAUGACAGAGUCUUAUACUUUCCAAAUUUCCACUUGGCUCCAGAACAACCCUCAGCAGUAUCUGCAAGAUUUCCUGUGGUACCAGGAAACCUCCCAGACAGGAACGACCUCAGGACCCAGACCCAAAACAAAGGGAAGGCCUACAUCUGCACUUAUGAAAACUGUGGAAAGUCUUUUUCAAAAUCUUCCCACCUCAAAAGCCAUAUUUCUCACCACACUGGGGAGAAGCCCUACAAAUGCAUGAGCCCCGGAUGCACAUGGAAAUUUUUUCGCUCAGAUGAGCUCUCAUGCCACAUGAGAAAGCACACUGGGGUGACACCCUUUGAGUGUAACUACUGCAACAUGGCAUAUGGACGAUCAGAUCACCUACAGGGGCAUAUAAAAUUAUGUCACUAG